AUGUAUAAGGUGGCGCUCUUGUGCUUGGUUGCUGCUGCUAGAGCAACUGUCCUCCCAGCAAGCUAUGGCUAUGCUGCCCCGGCUUAUCCUGCUGCCUACCAUCCUGUGAAGGCAGCCUAUGCCCAUCCUGCCCCAGCCUACGCUGAUGUCUAUGCUAAGCCUGAGCCUUACAGCUUUGGCUAUGAAGCUAAGAACGACUACGAUGGUGCUCUUUGGCAACAAGAAUCUGGUGAUGAGUAUGGCAGCAAGCGUGGCUCCUAUGGCUACACUGAUGCUUAUGGUAUUAGCCGUACCGUCGAAUACGUUGCUGACGAAACUGGCUUCCACGCAUGGAUCAAGACCAACGAGCCCGGAACCGCCAACCAGAACCCCGCUGAUGUCCAGAUCGCCGCCGAUCCCGCUCCCGCUCCAGCCUACACUCAUCCCGUCGCCAAGGCCGUUGUUGCUGCUCCCCAUUACGCUAAGACCGUUGUUGCUGCCCCCCAUUACGCUAAGGCUGUUGUCGCUGCUCCCGCCCACUAUAGUCUGCCUUACGCCCAUUAA